AUGGCCGCCGCCUUCCCAGGUUGCCAGGGGGUCGAAGCACCCUGGCCUGUUUUUCGCGGGCCCCCGCUGCAGCGGCCCGGUGCGAAGGAAGUGGAGGCGGAUCCUGCUGUGGCACUUGACCAACAGGCAUCCGGGACGAUUCAGAAUGGCCAGAGGAACGAGUGCCCCACGGGACUCGACCAAUGGCGCCAAGAGGAGGUGGCUGCUGAAGCCCAUCUCCAGCUUCCGUGCAGGAAGCAGGAAGCAACGAGCCGCGAAGCUGGAAUUGGCGAGCAGGUCAUCCGCCUGUACCCGUCGCCACUAGGCCUGUUGCUGCAGACGGCUAUUCACACCGUGCCUGACGUGGAGUCAGUUGAAGAGGUGGACAAGGCAUGCAGGGCGUUCCUGCUGCAGCGAGCAGCAAGACAGGCAGGCAUUGAGUCUGCGCAUGUCACGCGCCCGGACAAGAACCAGGCCACAGAGACCGAACUCUCUGAACUGAAGCCGCGGUUCCUGCGCGAAGCGUGA